GCGGGAGACCUAGAAGGGGCGUUGCGCGCGGACGAAGGGCGCCGAGGCCGGGUAGGGCGACCUGCUGCGUGGCCUCCAGCCCUGGGCACCCCCCACCCCGCGCGUCUCCCCGCCGCGCGCGUCCCCCGCCCCGGUUCCGCCCCGCCCCUCGCGCGGGGUCCGCGUCUGCGGCUGCGUUCCCCGAAAGACGAAGCUGCGCCCCGGUUCCGGUCCGCAGGGAGACCGAAGGGCAUCGCUCCCCGCGCCGUGCCCGCCGCUGAGCCCGGAGUGCGGACACCCCAGGGAUGUGAGUGCGCCCCCCACCCCGAGGCCCGCACUCCACGCCCCGAUUCGCGGCCUGUGCCCCAGAGGACCCCCGCCUGCAGCCCCCGCGCCUCUUUCAGGCCCUAUCGGAGCAUGCUGCCUGCAGCCAUGAAGAGCCUCGGCCUGGCGCUGCUGGCCUUGCUUCUCUGCCCCUCGCCGGCCCAUGGUCUGUGGUGCCAGGACUGCACCCUGGCCAAUUCCAGCCAUUGUGCCCCGAAGCAGUGCCAGCCCACUGAUACCGUUUGUGCCAGCGUGCGGAUCACCGACCCCAGCAGCACCAAGAAGGAUCAUUCUGUGAACAAGAUGUGUGCUUCCUCCUGCGACUUCGUUAAGCGGCACUUUUUCUCAGACUAUCUGAUGGGGUUCAUUAACUCUGGGAUCUUAAAAGUCGACGUGGACUGCUGCGAGAAAGAUUUGUGCAACGGGGCAUCAGCAGCAGGACGCAGCCCCUGGGCCCUGGCUGGGGGGCUCCUGCUCAGCCUGGGGCCUGCUCUCCUCUGGGCUGGGCCCUAAGACCCCCUCCCUCCCUCCUGCUGGGCUUUGGAGCUUGUCCCCUGAGCCUGUUGCUGCCCCUCCCCAGCCUGGCCUGGCUAGGGAUGGGGCAGCAAGGGCUUGGCAUCAAGAUCUGAGGCUCUCAACCCCUCUAGAUGUGAGUGAAUCGUCUCUGUUUCUCCACCAGCUCCAUAUCCCAAGCAGCUGGAUAUCUCCAGGAGUCCAGACAUCCUGGCAGGAAGCUGGGGUAGGGGGGAGGGGGAGGGCAAGGGACUGAGACCCUCCAGGUCUCCAGGGGGAGGGAGGUCAAGCCAGGGACAGCCCAACAGCCUGGCCUGAGGGGCAUUAACUACAGAGAAAUAAAGUCACUUCUGAGUCUUGUG